UAAAAAAACAAAACAAGGUGGGAUCGGAAGUGUUAUGGAAAGAGGCAAAAUAAAGACAAAACGCAAAGGCACAUAGUCGGUCGGUGGGGACUGGGAGGGAAGGGAGAAAAACAUCAACAUGGUACAACCAGAAAAGCAUUACAAGGUGUUUUUCCUAGCAGUGAUUGCUUUGCUGGUUGCCAUUUGCGUGGCAGAAGUCCCCUUAUGCCACCCUCGGCAUAAGGCUGCAGUAGUAAAGAUGGACGAGGCCUCUCUCACUGUCAACAAUGAGCUGGAUGCUGAGAUGGUCGUGAGCUGGCUAUCAGACCACUGCUAUCAGUGUGUGUACCAGCCCCUGGGUGUGGUGCCAGCAGGCCCUGGACCAGGCAUACCCAGCUCAGUGGACUUCACCGUGGGCACACAGCAUGGCAUCACCCUGCAGUUCAACAGCAGCCUCGUCAGCCUGGAACUCUGCAAGGUUCAUUUCCACUUCUGGGAGCAUGGUAACUACUCUCUGUGGGUCAAGAACCUGAAUGACUCAUCAGUGGUCAACUGUUCCAUGAUCACUGACACAGAACCGGUCAACAGCUACCUGCCCAUCAUGGUGGCCUUUCUGUUGUUCACGGGACUGGCUCUACUGUCUGCUGUUGGAGGCACAGUCAUGGGGCUGGACGUGGUGAAGAAUCUGAUGUUCCGAUUGGGCAACUCCAUGGAAACUGAGAGGCUUAUCAACUCAGAGCUGGGGUUUCCCGGCAGGACGGUGGAGACGGCCACAGACACCAUACUCCCCACCCCCGCCACCCCCAGCCGGAGGCUCCGAUCCCUGGACACUUUCAGAGGGUUGUCCCUGGUCAUCAUGGUGUUUGUCAACUACGGAGGAGGGAGGUACUGGUUCUUCAGACACGAGAGCUGGAACGGACUCACAGUUGCUGAUUUGGUCUUCCCCUGGUUUGUGUUCAUCAUGGGCACGUCUAUAUCCCUGUCUGUCAGCUCAGCCCUGCGGUGUGGUUUGUCACGUUUCUCUCUCUUCACCAAGGCAGUCUGGAGGAGUGUUCAGCUCUUCCUCAUAGGACUCCUCAUCAUCAACCCCAACUACUGCCAGGGACCACUAUCAUGGGACUCCCUGCGUAUCCCUGGCGUGCUUCAGCGUCUGGCCUUCUCCUAUCUGGUGGUGACCUCUCUGGACCUCUGUGUGGCCUGGAACAGCCUGGACAACCUUCCUGUGGAUGCUUGGUGGUACUCUGCUCGUGAGUUCCUGCUCUACUGGCCAGCCUGGCUGUGUGUGGUCGUCUUGGAAACCGUGUGGCUCUGUCUCACCUUCCUGCUCCCUGUUCCUGACUGCCCAAGUGGUUAUUUGGGCCCAGGUGGUAUUGGGGACAUGGGCCAGUACCCAAACUGCACUGGGGGAGCAGCUGGAUAUGUAGACCGCUGGUUACUGGGAGAGAACCACAUCUACCAAACACCUUCCUCACGGGUGAUCUACAAGUCUCACAUGCCCUUUGAUCCAGAGGGAGUCCUUGGCAGCAUCAACUCUGUCUUCAUGGCUUUCCUGGGACUACAGGCAGGAAAGAUCCUCCUCCACUACAAGGAUCAGCAUUCCAGUAUAAUGGCCCGGUUCCUCAUAUGGAGCCUGGUUCUGGGAAUCAUAUCAGCCACUCUGACCAAAUGUUCACUGAAUGAAGGCUUCAUCCCCGUCAACAAGAAUCUAUGGUCUCUCUCCUACGUCACCACCCUGGCGUGUUUUGCCUUGCUGCUUCUGGUGUCGAUCUACUACACAGUAGAUGUGAAGAGGUGGUGGUCUGGGGCGCCCUUCUACUACCCUGGUAUGAACUCCAUCCUGGUGUACGUGGGCCACGAGGUCCUGGAGGAGUACUUCCCGUUCCGCUGGCGCAUGGCCAACAGCCAAUCCCACGCAGAGCACCUGACCCAGAACCUAUUGGCCACUUCCUGCUGGGUCCUCAUCUCCUUCCUGCUGUACAGGAAGAACGUCUUCUGGAAGAUCUAGAGGGCCAGGACGUGUUUCAAUAAGUCUUUCUUCAAGCCCUCUACAGAUUUAGGGGGAAGAUCUAAGGGGCCGGGCUGCGUCUCAUAAGUGUUAUCUCAAGUCUUUCUGAAGGAUCUACUCUCUUCAAUUCCUUGUGUCCUUUAACCAACGAUCCACUGGGUGAUGUCGAGCUGGGCCGUAUCUCAAUAGUCUCCUCAAUUCCUUGUGUCCUUUAACCAACGAUCCACUGGGAGAUGUCGAGCUGGGCCGUAUCUCAAUAGUCUCUUUAAUUCCUUGUGUCUUGUAACCAACGAUCCACUGGGAGAUGUCGAUCUGGGCCGUAUCUCAAUAGUCUCCUCAAUUCCUUGUGUCCUUUAACCAACGAUCCACUGGGAGAUGUCGAGCUGGGCCGUAUCUCAAUAGUCUCCUUAAUUCCUUGUGUCCUUUAACCAACGAUCCACUGGGAGAUGUCGAGCUGGGCCGUAUCUCAAUAGUCUCCUUAAUUCCUUGUGUCUUGUAACCAACGAUCCACUGGGAGAUGUCGAGCUGGGCCGUAUCUCAAUAGUCUCCUUAAUUCCUUGUGUCUUGUAACCAACGAUCCACUGGGAGAUGUCGAUCUGGGCCGUAUCUCAAUAGUCUCCUCAAUUCCUUGUGUCCUUGAAGAUCUUUGGCGGGGUUGCAUUUCACUUGCCUUUCAUCAAUUCCUUGUAUCCUUUCUCCAGCUUCCAUUUUAAAAAGGGAUAGCGUAAAGCGCUUCCUCUCCUUGUUUCCUUUCCUCAUGUGCUCUCCUUGCUGGACGCUGAUGUUUUGAGAAAGGGAACAUAAUCACUCAGGAAAAGGCUGGUCUGUGAUUGUAUCCAAGAGACACGGAAACUCAAACCAUUGUUCUACUCAUACAAAUCAAAUGUUAUUAGUCACAUGCGCCGAAUACAACAGUCACCUUUAGAGACUUACCCUUUGGGUCUAGACGGAUGGACUGUCUGGCUGCGUACCAUUUGAGGACGGCUUUUGUGGAACAUAGACUUGAUCUCCCCAAUCGUGGCAUUUGGCUCAACCUUAUCGUGAAAUGUUUACUGACGAGCCCCGUAACCAACAAUACAGUUCAAGAAAAUCGAGCUAAUGGAAACGAUGCUACAGGCUCUGGUCUACGCUACACUUUCACUAUGGACACACAGUUCAGAGGUCACUGAGAUGUGUGUGGGAUCAAACUGGCCUUCACAACAAAAAAGAAUGGGAGUGUACAGCCAAACGGGUAUGGAAUAGUGUACCAUUAGAUAAUACCAAUGUGUUGAUUCUCGUUUGUGCAUGUACGAGCGCUUGCUUUCUUGGGACUGAAACAACCAAUGCCAGACAGUUGAAAUAACUUGUACUAAUUAAUGACGUUGUCUUUUUAUUGCCAAAGUCAUCAAGGAAAUGAAUGAUGGAUGAACCAACCGCCAACUAACUGUAUGUGUAUAUUUCAUGGGUCGUUCCACAAAUUCGGUGCCUUUUUGAGAAGUGUAACUUGGUAAAAAAAAAAGGGAAAAAAGGUUUUAUUUCACCUCAUUUUCAUAUUCUGUCAUAAAGAGCACAUAUUCAACUUCAUGACAUGUUUUCCCAUCUCAAAAGUACUACAGUAGGUGCCUGUUCAAUGCCCAAUAAAGUAACAGGGUUGAUGACCUCAUCGUAAAUCCCAUUGUGACGGGAGAAGGAAAGCUUGUGUGCAACAGGGAGUGGCAAUUUUAAAUGCAAGAAUCACCAAAAAUGUUUAAUUGUUAAAAAAAUGUCUAGCUUUUCUGUCUAUGGGUAACAGGGUUGACUUGUAAUGCUCGACACGCUCAGUUUUCCACCACAAAACGCCAGAUAAUGGCCAUAAAGAGUAAAACCAGCUCACCUGCUUUUACAUGAUUUGACUAUUAGAUGUUCAAUGUCUCUUUUGAAAAAAAAUAUUUAAAAAUGAAUAAUUUUGCCCUAUUAAAAUGAGACUUCAGUUCACGUAACAGGGUUGACUUUAAAAUGAGGGACAGGUAAUUUAAUCCCUAAAUAAUCUUUAGAAAUGACUUUUUGUCAAAGUAACAAAAUAACUAGGGCUUUACAACGAUGGUGAAAACUUGGGAGACGUUUUUGGGGUUUAAGUCUGUUAAAAUCUUCCUAGAAGUCGGUGCAGAGGGUGCAAGGGGGGGGGCGUGUCAAAAUGCUGAAUUAUGUCACUUUAGAAGUCUUUAUUCAUGUAAAAAAAAAAAAAAAAAUCGGAUUGAUUGAAUUUUCCA